AUGACAUACGGUGAUCUCAACUGGCAGCCGUGGAUCACUAAAGAAACCGAUGCACUUCCUCUGAUCAAGCACGCUUAUGACCGGGGUAUCAACACAUGGGAUGUUGCCGACACUUAUUCCAAUGGAAAAUCCGAGGAGAUCCUCGGAUCGGCAUUGAAAGAGUACGAUAUCCCAAGAUCCAAGGUCGUGAUCAUGUCCAAAUGCUUUCACGAAGUGGAUGAAUCGCGAGGUCCUUUGAACGCCGCCGAGUUUGGCAUCAACGACGGCGUCAGAGUGAAUAGAGUCGGACUUUCACGAAAACACAUUCUCGAUGCAGUCAAGCGAAGCACCUAUAUCGACGUCUUGCAAAUCCACCGUCUUGACCGGGAGACUCCUAUGGAAGAAAUCAUGCGAGCAUUGAACGAUGUGAUUGAAAGUGGAAAAGUUCGCUAUAUCGGCGCCAGUUCUAUGGCUGCAUGGGAAUUCCAGAUGCUCCAGAAUAUCGUCGAGAAGAAUGGCUGGCAUAAGUUUAUCUCUAUGCAAGGGUUCUAUAACCUGUUGUACAGAGAGGAAGAGCGCGAAAUGUUCCCCUACUGCCGUGCUACUGGCGUAGGCCUCCUUCCGUGGUCGCCCCUCGCAGCCGGCGUGUUGGCUCAUUCGUGGACGGAUCACUCGGACAAACGUGAGCAGCAGGAUGUCUUCCUCAAGGCUCUCUUCAGAAGCCAAGAGGACAAGUCUGCGGAGGAAAUCGUCUCCCGUGUCGGUCAAGUUGCCGAAAAGAAGGGGAUCAGCAUGGCUCAUGUGGCUACAGCAUGGGUGCUCGCUCAGAAAGGCGCCGCACCAAUUCUAGGCUUGGACUCCAUCGAUCGGAUUGAUCAGGCCGUCGAAGCAUCAAUGUUGAGCCGACAGAUGAGGAAAUUUCAUUCCUGGAAGAGCCAUAUCUCCCCAAACAAGCAAUUGCCUUUAAAGCACGGGUGUACAUGUGCAGUCAGAACUUAA